AUGUAUGGUGUCCUAGUUAUUGGUGCCCCCGGCGCUGGCAAAUCAACAUUUUGUGCAGGUUUGACAGACAUCUUCACCCAAAUCGGCCGUCCAUUCUGCACGAUCAAUCUAGAUCCCGCUAACGAUACAAUGGCAUAUGCUCCGGAUGUGAAUAUCACAGAAAUGAUCACUGUGACUGAUGUAAUGGAUCGACUAAGUCUUGGACCAAACGGUGCACUCAAGUAUUGCAUCGAGACACUCGGAGACAAUAGUGACUGGCUUCUGCAGAAAAUUGAAGCGAACAGCAAAAAAUAUAUGAUUAUUGACUGUCCUGGACAGUUAGAACUCUACAAAAGCGAAGGAGAACUUUGGAAGGUUAUCAGACACCUAGAAAAAGCAGGCGUUCGUCUUUGUGCACUUCACCUUGCCGACUCUCUAUACUGCAGUGACCCUUCGAAAUUCAUAUCUGUAGCACUAUCAACACUUGCAACAAUGAUUGCAAUGGAAAUGCCACAAGUGAAUUGUCUGUCCAAAGCUGAUCUCUUCUCUCCAGAUGGCACCUAUGAUCUUGAUUUUUUCUCAUAUCUUCCGGAUGUUAACAGACUUUUAGACCUUCUCAACGAAGUUCCCGGCCUUGAGAGGUACCGAAGGCUGAAUGAAGCGAUUUGUGGAAUUAUUACUGACUUUGAUCUAGUUUCAUUCGUACCACUUGCUGUCGAGAGCAAAGAAUCAAUGAUGAAAGUGAUUCAGUUGGUGGAUACAGCUAAUGGAUUCUCUUUGACAGAACAAGGAGACCUUCGCGAACUCAUCCUAAAUUCUAAAACUUGA